UAAUUAAAAUUAAGAGAAAAAUGGACAAUUCAUUCAAUGCAAAGGCUGUAAGAAGGCUUGCCACUAUCGGAAGGCACUUCCCAACACUUGAGAAGAAGUCUGAAAAAGAAGCUCUCAGGGUUUGAGUGACUGGAGCUGCAGGAUCUAUCGGAUACUCCCUUCUAUUUAUGAUUGCUCAAGGGAGAAUGUUUGGUCCAUAUCAGAAAGUAAUUCUUCAUCUACUAGAUCUUCCAACAAUGAAGAAGGCUCUCGAAGGAGUUAAGAUGGAGCUUGAUGAUGGAGCCUUCCCACUUGUUAAAGACAUUAUCUGAGCUACAUGCCCUGAAGCAGGAUUUAAAAACAUUGACGUGGCUCUUCUUGUAGGUGCGAAACCAAGAGGUCCUGGAAUGGAAAGAAAAGAUCUUUUAAGAGAUAAUGGUAAUAUCUUUAAAGAACAAGGGGAAGCUUUAGACAAAUAUGCUAAGAAGACAGUCAAGGUUCUCGCAGUAGGAAAUCCAGCCAACACUAACGCUUUGAUUGCAUCAUUGAACGCUCCAAGUAUCCCAAGAGAGAACUUUACAGCUUUAACUAGACUUGACCAAAACAGAGCUGAAGCACAGAUAGCUCAUAAGGUUGGAGUUCCAGUUGAAAACGUUAACAACGUCAUCAUUUGGGGAAAUCAUUCUGCAACCCAAUAUCCAGAUGUGACUCAUGCAACAAUUACUGACUACCCAGCUGAGGGAUUCGUGGAGAAUGCUAAGUCAACUCUAUGUGAUAAGUGGUUGAAGGAAACCUUCAUCCCCUCUGUCCAAAAGAGAGGAGCUGCCAUUAUUGCUGCUAGAAAAUUCUCAUCAGCAGCCAGUGCUGCCAAUGCUGUUUGUGAUCACAUCCACGACUGGCUAGUUGGAACGAAGCCAGGUAAGGUUGUCUCAAUGGGAGUGAUCAGUGACGGAAACUCUUAUGGAAUUAGAUCAGGACUCAUGUACUCCUUCCCAGUGACAUGCCAUAAAGGCACUUGGAAGAUUGUAGAUGGAUACAAGAUUGAUGAUUACUCUAAAGAGAAGAUGCAAAUCACUGAAAAAGAACUCAUCGAAGAGAAAUCCCAAGCUGUUGGUAAAUAAGUUUUAAAAGACCAUUCCCGGCCUUCAAUUUUUUAU